AGGGAGACGACCAAGCCGUCGUCCCUUCAUUCUAUGUAUGUACAUAUAUAUGUGAGAAGGGAGAGGGAGAGGGAUAGGGAUAGGGAUGGCAUCUCCUUCGACGACGACGAUGGAUAAUGUGCUUGGGCUUCUGAGAGUCCGUGUUGUAAGAGGAGUAAACCUAGCAGUCCGAGACCUCAGGAGCAGUGACCCUUAUGUGGUCCUUAAGAUGGGCAAACAGAAGCUGAAGACUCGUGUAGUGAAAAAGAAUGUCAAUCCCGAGUGGAAUGAAGAUUUAACCUUUUCUAUUACAGAACCUAUUUUGCCAGUCAGGCUUGAAGUUUUUGAUCAUGACACAUUCACUCCAGAUGACCCAAUGGGAGAUGCUGAGUUUGACAUCCAGCCUUUUAUGGAGGCUGUAAAAUUGCAACUGGAAUGCACUCCGAGUGGUACUAUAGUAAAGAGACUGGAACCCAAUAGGAAGAACUGCCUGGCCGAAGAGAGCCACAUCGUCUGGUUGGACGGGAAGGUUGUUCAAGACAUUUGCCUCAGACUUAGUCAUGUUGAAUGCGGCGAAGUGCAACUGCAGCUGCAGUGGAUCAGCCUUCCAGGUCGGAGUUUCUAGAGAAGAAAAAGCUCUGUAUUUCUAAAUAUUAUAUUAUCCUUGGCUUGAAUGUAUGUUUAGUGUCCAUACAAGCGAUGUUAAUGGUUUGAACAUCCAGAUUGCUGAUUUUGAUGGGUCCAUUGUUGAUGGACCUGCUCCAAAAGUCACCCAGAAAUUUAGAUCCUAACCAUCCAAUGUUGGGCCAUUUUUUGUUGGAUGUUGAUCGUUGAUGUAGUUUCUUCUCUUGGUCUAUUUCUAGGCCACUGUCUGACUUGUCGGGACUGUUCCACUGGGGAGAUUUUGGAGCAUGGUCCCACCAUUAAGGCCUAUAAAAUCAAUGGUUUAGAUCCCUGAACCAUUGGGAUCCACUUGUAUGGACUGAAGGCUGGAGGAUGCUUCCAACUCUAGUUUAUAUUCACAUACUUAAUGCUGCAUUUAGGGAAACUUGAAACAAAUUUCAUAGAAUUGGUUAAGUCAUGCUUGAUUUUUAA